GCGAUGGCUGAGGAAGUCGGCUAUUUGAAGGCACAGCUUAGAGAGAAGGAGGAAGAGAUUGCUACUCUGAAGAAUAAACUGGCCAUAUUCGAAAAGAAUAAUAAAACUUUAGUCCCAGAGCUACUUAUCAGAGGUACACCCCUCCCUCCACUAUUAGCCAAAUCAGCUCUCUCCAAUGAAGACAUCAUGAGAUACAGCAGGCAGCUACUACUACCUGAGUUUGGUGUGCAAGGACAGCUGAACCUAUCCAAGACAUCUGUAUUGAUUGUUGGUUGUGGAGGACUGGGCUGUCCUCUCGCUCAGUAUUUAGCAGCAGCAGGUAUAGGGCGUCUGGGUCUGUUAGACUAUGACGAGGUGGAGCUCAGUAAUCUGCAUAGACAAGUGCUACACAGCGAGGAGAACCAGAGUCAGGCUAAAGCUCUGUCCGCCGCCAUUGCUGUUAAAAGGCUGAACUCAACAGUAGAGUGUAUUCCUUACCACUUACAGCUUUCAACUGAAAAUGCCUUGCAGCUCAUUCAACAAUAUGACAUUGUGGCUGAUUGUUCAGACAAUGUCCCCACCCGUUACCUUGUCAAUGACGCCUGUGUGCUGAGUGGCAAGCCCCUAGUCUCAGCGAGCGCACUCAGAUUGGAGGGACAAUUGACCGUGUAUAACUAUCAUGGAGGCCCUUGCUACAGAUGCCUCUACCCAGUACCCCCGCCCCCAGAGACUGUGACAAACUGUUCUGAUGGAGGGGUGUUAGGAGUUGUUCCAGGCAUAAUGGGCUGCUUUCAAGCUUUGGAGGUCCUCAAGAUAGCUUCUGGACAUGGCUCUUCCUGCAGCCAGCAGCUGGUGAUAUUUGAUGCCCAAAGUGCUAGGUUCAGGUCCAUCAGGUUGCGGCCCAAGCAGUCAGGAUGUGUGGUGUGUGGGGAGAUGCCUAGCAUAACCCAGCUAGUCGACUAUGAAGCCUUCUGUGGUUCCACCGCAACAGAUAAGUGUCGCAAACUCAACCUACUGCCCAGAGAUCAGAGGAUCACAGUGCAGGAUUACAAAUCCAUUGUGGACAACUCUGAGCCUCAUCUCCUAUUAGAUGUGCGCCCUCUUGUGGAGGUGGACAUCUGCCAUUUAUCCAGCUCGCUGAAUAUACCACUCUCAUGUUUAGAAGAGAGGAAGAGUGAACAUAUGCAGUUACUCGAGGAGAGCAUUGACCAAUUGAAACAUCAGAUGGUAUCUCUGUGGUUUCUUCCAGUUUAUGUGAUUUGUAAGUUGGGCAACGACUCCCAGAAGGCAGUGCAGAUUUUAAGGAAGAUGAGUGGAUCAGAAGUAGAAAAUAUCACGGUGAAAGACAUCUGUGGAGGCCUAAUGGCAUGGGCGCAGAGGAUAGACCCCACAUUCCCACAGUAUUGA